AACGUGAGACAACAACUGAAAACAUUUUUUUCUAAGUACCGCGGUGCCCAGGUGUGGGCCGACAAAUCGCUUACCAUUGUGUGGGAAGAGGUUGUAGUGGAGCAGACACACGAAAGUCCAGCGCGUGCCACUUUACUGCCAUGCUGCAUCACCUGGAUACACAUUUUUUAUCCCUUCACCCUUUUUAAUGAAUUGAAAUUCAAUUAGUUCAUGUGCAACAUCUCUGGAACACAUUAUGGAUUAAAGACGGACACCAACCGAGCUCUAAGGACCACGUAUUAUUAUAAAUACAGAGAUAUUUAUACACAAACAUUUUUUUCUGCACGCGCACCGUCCAAAAUCUCAUUCAGCAUCUCAGUGCGAUGCUAAAGCAGUAAAGGACGACAUCCGAGCGCAGAUGACUUUCAUGCAACAUUUGGAUUACGUUUGCGUUUGCUGAAAGAGCAGAAAAUAAAAAAAAAAAGAACGGAAAGAAAAUAAGAAGACCAUGAAGAUGUCUCCUCCAGACCGAAGAAAAAACGUGCGCGAGCUCGCGCUGGAGAUCGGAAUCCGGAUGAUGCUGUUCGGAGUUUUCGUGUUCACGGAGUUCCUGGAGCCAUUUGAAAGAGUUAUUCAGCCAGAAGAGCUGUGGCUCUACAAGAACCCUUUGGUAGAAUCAGAUCUCAUCCCCAAGAGAGUCAUGUUUGCUAUAUCAUUCCUGACUCCUCUGGCUGUGAUCUUCGUGGUAAAGAUCAUACGACGAACAGACAAGACCGAAAUCAAAGAGGCAUGUUUGGCUGUGUCUCUUGCACUAGCGCUGAACGGCGUCUUCACAAACACCAUUAAGUUGAUAGUUGGCAGGCCAAGACCAGAUUACUUUCACCGCUGCUUCCCAGACGGCCAGAUGAACACGAAAAUGCUGUGCACAGGAGAUCCGGGUCUGGUGUCAGAGGGCCGGAAGAGUUUUCCCAGCAGCCACUCUUCCUUCGCUUUCUCUGGCCUGGGCUUCACCUCCUUUUACUUGGCGGGGAAGCUGCAUUGUUUCACGGAGAGCGGCCGAGGACGCAGCUGGCGCCUGUGUGCCAUGAUCCUGCCCCUCUACAGUGCAAUGAUGAUCGCUCUGUCCCGCACCUGUGACUACAAACAUCACUGGCAAGACGCCUUUGUCGGCGGUGUAAUCGGCCUGCUGUUCGCCUACAUCUGCUACCGGCAGCACUACCCACCGUUUCUCCACACAGACUGCCACCUGCCUUAUGCCAGCCUGGCCCUGAGCACCGCCCGACACGCGCCAGUCUCCCAGGAGGUACCUCAAGCCACGGACAAUGCCACGAGCCUGCCUCUGGAGGGCAUCACCGAGGGGCCCGUAUGACUAACGGAGCUCCCGUCCUUUACCGCCCGCUUGGUAUGACCCACACAGACUGGCUGACUCUUGUACAUUCCAGUGGGUCGUACAGUUCUGUUCAUUUUAUCCUUCACUGCUCCUCUUUUCUUUUCCGGCCUUGUGUUUAGUACUGAUUUUCUAGCCUCAUUUGGAAACGGUUUCACUCACUACACUUGUCGAUGGUCGAAUGUAGAACAUAUCUGUGUAGCACGGAUGAGAGAAGGAUAAAUUAAUGAAGAUUAACGAUAGCACAAGGAGGAGGCAAAGUCCAGCAUGUUGCAGAUAUGGAAAUGUUUAAUAUGUACUGUAUAAUACUGAGUGGUUAAAAUAAUAUUGUUAAAAUAAUACUGAGAUUGUGACUUAUAUUUUAAAUACAAGAGUGUGAGAGAGAGAGAGAGAGAGAGAGAGAGGAGGAGAGAGAGAGAGAGAGAGAGAGAGAGAGAGAGGAGAAGAGAGACCUCUUCUUAUCACUUCUCUCUGUGCGUUCUUUCUUUUUUUUCCAGUGGCUUGUCCAAGUCCUUCACCUCCUCCUGUUAUUUUUCUUAUUUUCUGUCACGCCUGGCUCAGCGUUCAGUACCUGCCUGGUGCUUUAUUCUGUUCCCCUCCCCACUCAAGUCUCUGUCUCUGUUCUUCACAGUGUCACAACGUCUGUCUCUCUGCCUCGUUCUCAUUUUCUCCUGAUCUGCCUUAUUUCUUUGUUCGCCUCCCCAGUUUCCUUUUAUUUAUCAUGCCAGGAUUGCAUAGAUAUCUAAAUACAAAU